AUCUCCGCAUUAGGAAAGCAAACAUGAAACACGUGGCUCGCUUCUCCGCUGCGGACACUUCGAGUUACUCCGGUGUGGCGUCGACUCUGACGUCGGUUGAACAAGAAACACCGUGGAAGCUUAUCCAGUGUUUCACUUUGGACGCGACACCCAAAACUGAACAGCGGGCUGAAACUGCGUCGAGAUUAGAUGGCCCACUCAACCGUCAAUCAAAACACAGGUACGAAUGUAGGGUAUUUGUCGUACUUGCUUUUGUUCUCCGCCUCGGCUUCUCUAUAUAUGCUCCUCUGCAUCGUCGUCCUGCUCUUCAUCGGCUCGUCUCUUCACUUGCACACGGAUCUCUUUCUACUGAUAUUUUCAACAAGAUCGGGGUCGACCAUGGCAAUCGAUGGAGUGAUCCAAGAAGAGAGGCCGUCGUCGCCGCCGUCGGCUUACCAGGUGGAGUUUUGUGCAAAGAAGAAGCGGUCCAAGCGACCCCACGCGUCAUACAGCUCACGAUCCGACGAGGGAGGUGAUCACCGGAUGCCCACUGAGGAGGAGCACCUUGCCCUCUGCCUCAUGAUGCUCUCCCGCGGCGUCAGCGGCACUGGCGGAUCUGCUCUGCUUCCGGUGGCUCUGGAAGGCGCCUCUCGUCGCGACCUUGGGGUGGAAGCGGCGGCGCCGCCUGCGAGGGCUCAGUCUUACGAGUGCUCGGUGUGCGGCAAGGCGUUCCCCUCUUACCAGGCACUCGGUGGCCACAAGACCAGCCACCGAAAGCCCGCGGGGGCUCCACCUGCGGGAGGAGACGACGCGGCCUCCGCCACCACCAGCGGCUCUGCCUCCGGCGCUAGGGCGCAUGAGUGCUCCGUGUGCCACAAGUCUUUCCCGUCGGGGCAGGCGCUGGGCGGCCACAUGAGGUGCCACUACGAGGGCGUCAUAAACGGAAGCGCGGCCGCUGCGAAAGCGGCGAAGGACGCGUCGUCCUCUGGGGCGGCCGCCAGCUCCGUAAACAACCUGGUGUUGGAUCUCAACCUGUCGCCUCUUCCGGCGAAGAAGAAGGGGGAAGAGGAGGAGGUGCUGAGCCCUCUGGCGUUGACUUUGGCGAAGAAACCGCGGCUGCUGGCCACGCCAACCGUCGGCGUAGCUACGAAGCAAACGGAAGAAUCGGCGAGGAGUCCUCUGGCGUUGACCAUGAAGCCGCUGGCCUGGCCUGCUACAAAGGGCGCCGUCGGAUCGCCGUUGCCGACAUUAAAAUUAAUCAGCUUCAUCUAGUGAUUCCUUCUGUAGUUCUAAGCAAAAUUUUCUUCUUCCAUUUUUUUUACUGCACUUGUGUAUCCUACAAUGAAUCAUUUAAUUCAUCAUAAAAUUCUAUUUAA